AUGAUCUGCAUGGGAGAUGGGAUACAAGUGAUGAGCUGUGUCCAAGGCGAGCAGUUGGAACAGAGACGCCUCAUGGGUAGAAGAAACUUAAGCCCAGAAGUAUUAAGAAAUUUCCUCUCAGAGAAGAAAACCAUUUCCUAUUCUGCUUGUCUGGUGCAGUGUUACUUCUUUAUCGCCUUGGUCCAUGUGGAGAUCUAUAUCCUGGCCGUGAUGGCCUUUGACCGGUACAUGGCCAUCUGCAACCCUCUGUUUUAUGGCAGCAAAAUGUCCAAGAGUGUCUGUACAUCCCUCAUCACAGCGCCUUAUGUGUAUGGAGCUCUCACUGGGCUGAUGGAGACCAUGUGGACCUACAACCUGGCCUUCUGUGGCCCCAAUGAGAUUAACCACUUCUACUGUGCUGACCCUCCACUGAUUAAGCUGGCUUGUUCUGACACUUACAACAAAGAGACAUCAAUGCUUGUUGUGGCUGGGUGUAACCUUUCCUUUUCACUCCUCAUUAUCCUUGUUUCCUAUUUUUAUAUUUUUCCUGACAUCCUGAGGAUCCGCUCUACAGAGGGCAGACACAAAGCUUUCUCUACCUGUGGUGCCCAUCUGACAGCUGUCAGCAUAUUCUAUGCAACUCUUUUUCUCAUGUAUCUCAGACCCCCCUCAAAGGAAUCUGUGGAACAGGGGAAAAUGGUGGCUGUAUUUUAUACCACGGUUAUCCCCAUGUUGAACCCCAUGAUUUAUAGCCUUAGAAAUAAAGAUGUGAAAGAAGCAUUUACCAAAAGGUUGUUGAGAAAAAAACUACUUUCUUAA